AAGGUCAUUUCCCUAUACAGAAAACACACUCCCUCUUCUUCUCUCUAAAGUUUAAGCUUUAAAGCUUAAACAAACAGAUACAUCAAUGGCGUAUCAUCAUCUAUGUUCCUCACCUUCUUCUCUUUUACGUGACCGUCACUCUCUCUCUGUUUCACCAAAACCAAAAUCCUUAAGAACCAACCCACCCACUUCUCUAAACCUGGUUUCCUUAUCUAAAACCUCUAUCAAAGCAAGCAGCAGCCAUGUUUCUUUGGAAGACCUAAUGUCGCAAGAGACUCAAAUCCCUCGAAAACUCACCAAUUCACAAUACCCAGAUGGCAAAACCGCUUCGAAAAGCUAUGUGUGGGUCAAUCCUCGAAGCCCCAGAGCUUCACGUCUUAGGCAAUUGACUUAUGAUUCAAGGUAUUCUUCUCUGCUCAAAGUAGCUGAGUCUUUGGAUUCUUGUAAUCCAAAUGAAAAAGAUGUUUUAGCUGUUCUGAGUAGUUUAGGUGACGAUGUAUCGGAACAAGAUGCUGUUGUUGUUCUCAAUAACAUGUCGAACCCUAAUACUGCGUUGCUUGUUCUUGAUCAUUUUCGAAAGAUAUUAACGAAAACCAGUCGAGAGGUCAUUCUUUAUAAUGUUACUCUUAAGGUUUUGAGGAAGUCUAAGGAUUUGGAUGGUGCUGAGAAACUGUUCGAUGAAAUGCUUCAAAGAGGGGUUAAGCCUGAUAAUGUUACUUUUUCGACUUUGAUUAGUUGUUCUAGGGUCUGUGGUUUGCCAAGUAAGGCUGUUGAGUGGUUUGAGAAAAUGCCUACUUAUGAGUGUGACCCUGAUGAUGUUACUUACUCUGCCAUGAUCGAUGCUUAUGGCCGUGCUGGAAAUGUUGAUAUGGCCUUCACCUUGUAUGACCGUGCUAGAACAGAAAAGUGGCGUAUCGAUCCUGUUACAUUUUCAACUUUGAUUAAAAUCUAUGGUGUAUCUGGAAAUUAUGAUGGAUGUUUAAAUGUUUAUGAGGAAAUGAAGGCCUUAGGUGUUAAACCUAAUGUAGUUAUAUAUAAUACUUUGUUGGAUGCCAUGGGGAGAGCCAAGAGGCCUUGGCAAGCCAAGAGUAUUUACAAAGAGAUGCUUUCUAAUGGAUUUUCACCAAAUUGGGCAACGUACGCUGCACUUUUACGAGCUUAUGGAAGAGCUCGGUAUGGUGAAGAUGCUCUAAAUGUGUAUAAAGAGAUGAAAGAUAAGGGAUUGGAGUUGACUGUUGUUCUUUACAAUACCCUUUUAGCAAUGUGUGCUGAUGUUGGUUUUGCAGAUGAAGCUGCUGAAAUUUUUGAAGACAUGAAAAAUUCCGGGGCUUGCAAACCUGACAGUUGGACGUUUUCAUCUUUGAUCACCAUAUAUUCUUGUAGCGGGAAAGUUUCGGAGGCUGAGGGGAUUUUGAACAUGAUGCUUGAAGCUGGCUUUGAGCCCAACAUUUUUGUUCUGACAUCCCUUAUCCAAUGCUACGGGAAAGCUCAGCGUACCGACGAUGUUGUGAGGAUGUUUAACCGAGUUUAUGAAUUGGGAAUUACUCCGGAUGAUAGGUUUUGCGGUUGUCUUCUGAAUGUGAUGACACAUACACCUAGAGAAGAACUUGGUAAGGUAAUGGAUUGCAUCGAGAAGGCUAAACCAGAACUAGGUCGUGUGGUGAAACUUUUGAUAGGGGAGCAAAACGUUGAAGGGAAUUUCAAGAACGAAGCAUUGGAACUUUUUAAUCAUAUCAGUUCCGAUGUAAAGAAGCCUUACUGUAACUGUUUGAUUGAUCUCUGUGUUAACUUAGAUUUGUUGGAAAGAGCUUGUGAUCUUUUAGAGCUGGGACUUUCCCUAGAGAUUUAUGCCGGUAUACAAUCAAGGUCUCCAACACAAUGGUCCUUGAAUCUCAAGAGUCUAUCUCUCGGGGCAGCUUUAACUGCACUACAUGUUUGGAUCAAUGAUUUGACAAAGGUACAGGAGUCUGGGGAGGAGCUUCCCCCAUUGCUCGGAAUCAAUACCGGACAUGGGAAACACAAAUACUCGGAGAAAGGAUUGGCAACUGUCAUUGAGUCGCAUUUGAAGGAACUAGAUGCUCCGUUCCAUGAAGCCUCAGAUAAAGCUGGCUGGUUUUUGACGACAAAAGUUGCUGCCGAGUCAUGGUUGGAGUCGAGACGUUCACCCGACUUGGUAGUUGCAUAGGUUGUGUGUGUUCAUGAAGAAGUCUUUGCCCUAGGUCAGUUCAUUGCAUCAAUAUAUAAUGUCUAGAAACAAAAUAUUUUCUCAAACUCCUCUUUUUCAUCUUUAUUAGCAUCCUCUAAUUUAAUGGUGGGAAAAUUUUGUAGCAUGGUACACUAUAUUCCUAUAUAUCCUGAUGUAAGUUAAUGAAGUGCUGCCAAAUUACUGGAGUCUUGCAUGAGUUGGGCCAA